GGUCACAAGUCGUGACAGAGGACUAGAUGUCGCACAAGCAGAAAAAAAGCCCAGUUGCAAUUAGAAGUAUAUUGGCAGUAGGAGUCUCGAUUUCCAAAUAUAUAGAAGAAGAUAAGCUAUUUACGCUGGUUUCCAAUUGAAAUUGGGAAUAAAUAAAAGAAGAUGCCCUGGUUUCCGAUGGAAAUUGGGAGUCGCGACAGACGCGGCUUUCCAAUUGCAAUUCCCGACAACUUCAAAUUGCGAUUGGAAGAAGAUUUUGAAGCGACACUGUUUGGGCUUCUCACGAUCGGCGAUUCUAGGCGAUCCUGCGUUUUCACGAGCCUAAUUGCCGAUCCAGACGAUCCUAUUGGAUUUCGCGAUUCUGCAUCCGUCUCGGAUCGGGAAGCUUCCCGCGAUCCUCAGACUCGUAGACUCGUACGAGUCAACUCGCGAGUUUGACUACCAUGCUUCCUUUGAACAUUCUGCAUAACAACUUGCAAGGUUUUGACUAUAAAGAAUACAUUUUUUAGCAGUUUUUAAAUUAUGACCUGUUUUUUACGCCUUUGCAAUCCUGUUUGCAACUGAAAAAUGAGAGGUGUGCCAUGUGAUUUUUUAAAUUUCAAGGCUAUAAAGUAAGGAGUGAGUG